UUGGGAAACGCGUACCGCGGCGGUCAGUUGGGCCUCGUGAAAUCCGAUAAGAAAGCCGCGAAACUUUGGAAGCGCGCCGUGGAGCUCGGAGAUGUGCGGGCGAUGAAUAACCUUGGCAGAUUGUACGAGCAUGGAAGUGGCGUCAAGCUGGACAAGAAGAAGGCGGCGCGGCUGUAUCGUGCGGCCGCGGACCGAGGCGACGCGGUCGCGCAAAACAAUCUAGGGCUUUUUCUUGAUUCUGAGGGGAAAUUUGAAGAGGCGUUCCGGUACUACGCGCUCGCGGCGGAUCAAGGCUAUACCAAUGCGGAGCACAACCUUGGCUGCUGUUACCUGGACGGAGAAGGCACGGAAGUCGACCUCGGCAAAGCCAGAUACUGGUUCGAGCGCGCCGCUGCCAAGGGCUGCGAGGAUGCUAUAGAGAACCUCGCGCACCUCAACGCGCGAGUAUAG